ACUUCACUAUGAUAUAUAGUUUAUGGUUCGAGAUAAUAAGCUGACAUAACCUCAACAAUUUAAAUGUUAGAAAUAAAUAUAAUGAUUUUAUUGUGAGAAGACAAAAUGGAUGACUUUGUACCAACACGUGGAUCUCAAAUCAAGAAAAAUCCAACAAGUUGUUACAUGUCCAUGAGUUAUGAAGCUCCAAAGAAAAAAUCAAAAUCUACAGAUAGCUCGAACAGUAAGGAGAAGUCGAAGGAUAAUUCUGAAACGAAGCUAACACCUGCUGAGCUGAAAAAGCAGCAGGAAAAAGAAAUGAAGAAAGCGCGAUACGAUGUUAUUAAAUUCGGUAUGUCUGGUUUUGAAAAACCAAAGGCAAGAAGAGCUAAGGUUGAGCUUGCUAUUAGCCUAGGUGCAAUACCUCCCAAGAAUAGAAGGAUGAAUUACAAUGCAUUAAAAAAGCGUAAAGAAAAGGAGAAGCAAAAGAAGGAGGAAGGUCACACAUCUGGAUUUUCUAAUAGCUUGCUCAAAUCUAAAGUUAAGAAAGUACAGAAGAAAGACAAUGGUAUUUUAGGUGUUUAUGGAAAGGUACCAAAAAAUGUUUUGUCCAAACAAAAAAGCUGAGUUUAUCAAUCAAUAUUAAUUAAAAAUCUUUUUUGAAACUUUGUUUAAAUUGGCAGAAUAAAAAAAUGCUUUUUAGACUUUAAGUUUAUUACUUUGUAAGAAAGAUUGUAAUUAAAAAUAAAAGCUGAUUGUAUA